GCGACACCUACCUAGACUGGCUUCUCCGAGGUCGCACUUCCGAAUAUCGCGUUGGGAGACGCGCCUUGUGGAGUCGGGAGUAGGCGGCACCCGCUAGGGUCUCCGGUGACCCCGACCGCGGUGGCGGCCCCGCGGGCGGGAUGUUCCGGGGUUUGAGCAGUUGGUUUGGCUUGGAGCAGCCGGCGGCGGGUGGCCGGCAGUACCAGGGAGACGGACAGCCCAAGGGAGACGCUCCACCCGAGCAGCGCUCCGAGGCGGUGGCGGAGUCCGCGGAGGGGGAGCUACAACAAGCCGGGGACCAGGAGCUCCUUCACCAGGCCAAAGGCCUCGGCAACUAUCUAUUUAACUUUGCAACUGCUGCUACAAAAAAGAUAACUGAAUCAGUUGCUGAAACAGCACAAACAAUAAAGAAAUCAGUAGAAGGAGGAAAGAUAGAUGACAUCAUUGAUAAGACAAUUAUAGGAGACUUUCAGAAGGAACAGAAAAGAUUUGUUGAGGAGCAGCAUAUCAAAAAAUCAGAAGCAGCAGUACCACCAUGGGUUGAUAGUAAUGAUGAAGAAACAAUUCAACAACAAAUCUUGGCCCUAUCAGCUGACAAGAGGAACUUCCUUCGUGACCCUCCAGCCGGCGUGCAGUUUAACUUUGACUUUGAUCAGAUGUACCCUGUCGCCCUGGUCAUGCUCCAAGAGGACGAGCUCCUGAGCAGGAUGAGAUUUGCCCUUGUUCCUAAACUUGUGAAGGAGGAAGUGUUUUGGAGGAACUACUUUUACCGCGUCUCCCUGAUUAAGCAGUCAGCCCAGCUCACGGCUCUGGCGGCCCAGCAGCAGGCUACCGGGAAGGAGGAGAAGAGCCACGGCAGAGAGGAUGAGUUGCCACUGACAGAGGCAGUACGGCCCAAAACGCCACCUGUUGUAAUCAAAUCUCAACUUAAAACUCAAGAGGAUGAAGAGGAGAUUUCUACCAGCCCAGGUGUUUCUGAGUUUGUCAGUGACGCCUUCGAUUCCUGUAACUUAGAUCAGGAGGAUCUGAGGAAGGAAAUGGAGCAGCUGGUGCUGGACAAAAAAGAGGAGGAGACAGUCGCGCUGGAAGAGGAUUCUGCAGAUUGGGAGAAGGAACUACAACAGGAACUUCAAGAAUACGAAGUGGUGACAGAAUCAGAGAAACGAGAUGAAAACUGGGAUAAGGAGAUAGAGAAAAUGCUGCAGGAAGAAAAUUAGCUGAAAUAAAAGAGUAAUCCUUAACUUUCUGCAACUGACAUUAAAUUCUAGAUGCUGACACUCGCUGAAUCAGAAGGCACAAAAGAGUAUGACUUUAUGAAAUUCAAAAUUAUCCUUUUUUCAAGCUGAAACUUGCCUCUUCUACUUAAGAAAAAGUACAUAGGACAGUUAUUCUAAUAAUCAAAAAGGGAUGUUUUAUGUAACAUUUCUUUAAAUCUAGUUAGAGAUGUUCUUAGUACAGACAUCUUUGUCACAGAAACACAAGUAAAAUUUUAGAGUUCUGUUUUCCGUGAGGUCAAAAAUACAAUAUAUUCUUCAGUUGUGGUUUUCUAAACAUUUGUACUUCUUGUUGCAUUUUUGUUGAUACAUAUGCGUUAAAGUACCUACUUAAUGGAUUGAUAACUAUCAAAAUGACCAAAUGGUACCAAAGAACUUAAGAGGAAGCACUUUCAGAACUAUUUUCUUGCAAGUAUUUUCAAAAAUUCCAUCUGGAAGCCAAAAGAUAAAAUAAUUAUGUUGAUUAUAAUGCUAUGAACAUCACUCAGUUUGACAUUGAGAAAUACUCUUUCUCAAAAUAAUAUAUUUGUUUUUCUUUGGGGCCUUUUUUUAAAAAAAAACUAUGCCACAUUUAAUAAUGUUUUCCUAAAUUUCACAUCGUGGUUUUUGUAGAAAGCAGGGUCUUUCAUCCUUUUAGUGUUGAUGACGGUCAGAAGGCUGUUCACCUUCAAGUCUCAUGUUGUUUAAAUCGUCACCACAUAUAAAUGUUUUCGCUUUUUUGUCUUAAUUAUACUGUCAGUCUUUAUAAAA